GGUAAAGCCAUAAAGUGCCAACAAGUCUACAUCGUACACCAUACAUCUUAUUCAUAUGAAUGCCUUGUCCUCUUACCCAGCCGACCUCUAAAAGGGCCCAUGCGACCGCAUUUUCGACCUACUAAUGAUACCAGAUUUUGUUACUAUUCCAAAGGCUGAGCAUCCACUGCUUCUAAUCCUCUGCAUGCUAACAAAAUGACGAAAAACUUUAUAGGUAGAAGGAGGGAGAAAGUACAAGUUCGUAGGAUAUAUAAAUCACACAGUCGUCAGCAUCAUCAUGGGAUUCACACAUUGAUAUUCUACGCCUAUUUACCUUCAUGUCGUCCCCGCUUUCAAAUUUCUGCGACCUUUAUAUCAGCAAGACCAUGCAUGCAACACGUAGUGGUCAGAUCUACUCCCACGAACCAUUGAGAAGAGAAGUUACUUCUGGUGACGGUGAUUCUGAUAGCGAUAGUAACCAUUCAGGAUACCCUGAUAAUGGCGGUGACGAUGAAGAAUAUAGUCAGGGCAGAGAGAGAGAAUCCCAGGAAUUCGGCGUCUUCUCGGAAGAUGAAGAUUCUGACGACGAGCUUCAACACACUGUGCUCGCUGUCGAUCAUUGUAGAUUGGUACGAUCAAGGAGACAGUCAAGGGAACAACUGAGUCCAUACUUCGCUUUUCAAGUUGGUGUCGCGGAGGUUGAAACCCGCAGUAUUCGAAUCGGCUCAUUGAGGCAAGGAGGAGAAGAGAAGUGCUCGUGCGGAAAAGAGCUUUGCUUCCACAUUGCCAGGCUGAAGUCGGCAAUGGGCAUAGACGCCGGCGAUGACUGUUACGAACGCCUUAAUGAGCGUGGCAUGUCCAAUGUAUGCGACGAUCUUGGAUGGGAUUUCUCAGAUGAACCUUACCUUUUUCCAGCCCCUCAAUGGUCGCUUAAGAAUGAGAGACCAAGGACAAGUACAACAACCCGCGAAAGGGAAGGUGAUGUCAGGGACAUAUUAUCGUUUUUUCAUCCACAAGCAGUGGCAGACGAGUACCGAGAUAUUUUUGAUUUUGCUGUGCAUAACGACGCAGUCCUUGUUCCAUAUAACCUGGAAGCAACUUUGGCCAAAUUACUUACUCAAGACGAUGUCAUCUUUCAUCGAUUUGAACAACACAUCCCCAGAGAGCGCCGCGAUAUUAUGUAUCUACACAAAAUGGAGGACAAAUUCAACGAAACCCUCCGACAACUAGAUGAUUAUGCAGCUUCUGGCAAUCUGUCAAAUUGGGAUGCAAUGACGCCAUUCGACAAUGUUGGCUUUGAACACAAUGUACCAUGGUGUGCCCAAGCUCUCAUACACAUUAGUGAUUCAAUGAGGGACAAUCUGAGAUGGAGGGUUGGUAUGAGUAGGGAGAAUCAACUACAAGCCGCAGAAAUUCUGAUCCGAAUGCUGGAGGCUAUUCGCUCGCGCAAUGUCGACGUAUACUCAAAUCAUUCCUUUCGACGCAACAGACCUCACGGAGAACAAUUAACGAAUCGAAACCUCUACUUAAACUUACUUGGUCCACAAUCUGAGAAUAUUCCAGAUAGAAGCGACUUUAUCAUUGAUGCACUAGAAAAUUUGCCUGGGAAUGUCGUUGCCGCGGGCGACUUUGUCAGCCGCUUGGAUCGUCUUUGCGCCGACUUUAGCAGUGUUGCAUUCGUUUCUCCAAGACGAAUUUAUGUGAACAGAUUGGGACAGCUCAUUUCGAGACUCAGAGUAAAUUAUGCGGUUCCUCUAGUUUCAGUUUCGUCGGCCAUUCCAGCCGCAAGCGCUGUUUCUACUGACUACAGCUCUUCCUACAGUGUUGGACCAAGCGCUUCGUCGUAUGCCGUAGCUGGUCCGUCGUCCCUCGGAGUACCUAAUCCUUCUUUAAGAUCUAGACGUGGUUCCUCAACUCGAUCAACAUUGGGGAAGCGGUCCGGAAGGUCUGCUAGUUCCAAUGAUAGGCGUGGAAAACGAGCCAUGAAGUAAAGCUUGCCAAACAAGAUUGACUCAUGGUCGACAGUGGAGGGUUGCGAUUCAUUGUUUUUUUAUUUUCUUAUCUUCGUGUAUAUCAUCUCAUGGUCAGGUACCGUCAGAUUCAUGUUCUAUUUAUAGAAUUCUUUUACUGUAUUUUUCGGAAUGUUGAAAUAUUGUUUCAUACCAGAUACCA